UAGAACCGGUAGGUUGACAGAGCUCUUCAGUGGUUCGGAGGACGUACAUCACGGAACCCACCAAAUCGCCAACCUAAAGGAAAUGUCGACGAGGUCCCAGGAACGUUCUAUGUGCGGACGCUUGGCUGUGGUCACCGGAGGCGGAGGAGGCAUCGGCAAGGCGAUAUGCGAUGUCUUAGCCGAAAAAGGUGUUCAACUGGUCGUCGCUGACAUCGAUUUGGCAGCGGCUGAGGCCGUGACCAAUGCUCUUCCAGGUGCACGUGGUGGCCAUAAGCACGUUGCAAUGCACGUGGAUAUAUCCAACUCAUCAUCAGUACAAACACUCUUUACGGCCAUAAAGGAUAUCUACGGAGCACCUGCCAGCAUUCUUGUGAACUGCGCAGGCACUGGCGCCCUCUUCACAUCAAUUGUUGAUACAACUGAAGAUGUUUUUGAUCGAGUCAUUAGUGUCAACGUGAAGGGUACCUUCCUGAUGACCCAAGCUGCUGUCCGGGACAUGCUGAGCGGAGGAGUGACGGAUGGAGUCGUGGUCAAUAUCGCCAGCUUAGCGGCCAAGACAGGCAGCCGAGGACUCUGCAGUUACGUCGCCUCCAAGGCCGGCAUUGUCGGCCUGACAAAAACAGUGGCCCUGGAUCUCGCCGACAAGGGAAUUCGGUGCAACGUUGUGCUCCCGGGAUUCACUGACACUCCAGUUACAAGAUUCCUGACCGAGCAGGAGAAGCAGGGAAUUCUCGCCCAGAUUCCACUCGCUCGCUCCGCCCUGCCGCGCGAGAUUGCUGAGGUGGUCGCUUUUCUCUGCUCGCCCGAGAGCUCUUACAUGACUGGCGCUGCUGUUGAUGCGUCUGGCGGCUGCGGAUUGUAAUUUUGGCUUCGGAAGCUGCACAAAUUAAUUGAAUAAAAAUAUAUAAAGGCUUGCCUAAUAUUAUAGUAACUUCGAUUGAGUUUUCGGUACUGCUUUCUUGCAAUGUACCUCUUUUAAUUGACUUUUCGCAAGAAAACGUUUUCGAGACUCACUGCAGCAGCCUACAUUUCAGUGGGAGACCUCAGAUAGAAAAUCUUUGCAAAACUGGAUUUCUUGUUUUAAACCUGGAAUUCUCUUUGCACAGUUGUCUGCGAAAUGGAUUUCAGGUUUCCAGCAAGAAAUCCAGUUAGAUUUUUUGUUCCAUAAUCCAGUUAACGAAAAGUUAUACUAUUGGUUUUCGGUAGGGCUCACAUUGCGAUUUCCGCGGGUCUCCUUUCAAGGACGACUAUCUUCGAACAUUCUCUGUAUGAGUCGUCCAUAAUAACGACUCAAGGUCAAGUUCGCACAAAAAUAAACAGCAAGCGUUUCUACAAGACACUUUUUUCUUU